UAUCAAUAGUUUUCGAUCGACAUAUAACAUUAAGAAGAAGAGGAGCGUCAUCUCUUAGCGACAAGUUAAUAAUGGGUCAAAGUCAGAGUGGAGGCCACGGUCCAGGAGGAGGCAAGAAGGACGACAAGGAUAAGAAAAAGAAGUAUGAACCUCCAAUUCCAACCAGAGUUGGCAAGAAAAAGAAGAAGACCAAGGGACCAGACGCUGCCAGCAAACUGCCACUGGUUACUCCUCACACCCAGUGCCGUCUGAAGCUGCUGAAGCAAGAGCGGAUCAAAGACUACUUAUUGAUGGAGGAGGAGUUCAUCAGGAACCAGGAGCAGAUGAAGCCCCUGGAGGAGAAACAGGAGGAGGAGAGGUCAAAGGUGGAUGACCUGCGAGGAACUCCCAUGUCUGUGGGCACUCUGGAGGAAAUAAUUGAUGACAACCAUGCGAUUGUUUCCACCUCAGUGGGAUCAGAACAUUAUGUCAGCAUCCUGUCCUUUGUGGAUAAAGAUCUACUGGAGCCAGGCUGCUCUGUCUUGCUCAACCACAAGGUCCACGCUGUAAUCGGGGUGCUGAUGGAUGAUACAGAUCCUUUAGUGACUGUGAUGAAGGUGGAGAAAGCCCCACAAGAAACUUACGCAGAUAUCGGAGGACUUGACAACCAGAUCCAAGAGAUCAAGGAGUCCGUGGAGCUGCCUCUCACACACCCCGAGUAUUAUGAGGAGAUGGGUAUCAAGCCACCCAAAGGUGUCAUCCUCUACGGUGCACCAGGCACAGGGAAGACGCUGCUCGCUAAGGCCGUAGCCAAUCAGACAUCAGCCACUUUCCUGCGUGUGGUGGGAUCCGAGCUGAUCCAGAAGUACCUGGGAGAUGGGCCCAAGCUGGUCCGAGAGCUUUUUAGGGUGGCAGAGGAACACGCCCCCUCCAUCGUCUUCAUCGAUGAGAUUGAUGCCAUAGGCACAAAGAGGUAUGACUCAAACUCGGGAGGUGAGCGGGAGAUUCAGAGGACAAUGCUGGAGCUGCUCAACCAGCUGGACGGCUUUGAUUCACGGGGCGAUGUCAAGGUCAUCAUGGCCACCAACCGGAUAGAAACGCUGGAUCCUGCCCUCAUUCGACCUGGCAGAAUUGAUCGUAAGAUCGAGUUUCCCCUCCCUGAUGAAAAGACCAAAAGGAGGAUCUUCCAGAUCCACACCAGCCGCAUGACGGUGGCGGACGAUGUUACGCUUGAUGACCUCAUUUUGGCAAAGGACGACUUAUCGGGAGCAGACAUAAAGGCUAUUUGCACAGAGGCGGGACUGAUGGCUUUGCGAGAGCGCCGGAUGAAAGUCACCAAUGAAGACUUUAAGAAGUCAAAGGAAAACGUCCUGUACAAGAAGCAGGAGGGCACACCGGAGGGCCUUUACCUCUAACUUUACUCACCUACAAAA